GUAGGCGGCUCGUGAGCGCAAUGGGUAUCACUAGGAACUCCUACAAGAAGCGCAGAGCGACAGGAGGCAAGCAGCCCCAGUACCGCAAGAAGAGGAAAUUCGAGUUGGGAAGAGCUGCUGCUGGCACCAGGAUCGGCCCGAAGCGCAUCCGCCUCGUUCGUGUGAGAGGAGGUCACCAGAAGCACAGGGCCCUCCGUCUUGAGCAUGGAAACUUCUCCUGGGGAUCUGAGGCCAUUAGCCGCAAGUGCCGUGUCCUUGAUGUUGUGUACAACGCUUCCAACAACGAGUUGGUGCGCACGAAGACACUGGUGAAGAAUGCCAUCAUCCAGAUUGAUGCCACUCCCUUCCGCCAGUGGUAUGUUCAGCAUUACGGUGGCGAGCUCGGCAAGAAGGCAGAUCAGGAAACUAAGGUAAGCAAUAAGGUUCUUAAGAAGAGAGAAGCAAACAGAAAAUCCGGAGGUGCUAUGGAUCCUGCCGUUCAGGAUCAGUUCAAGACCGGUCGUCUCUUUGCUUGCGUCGCCUCUCGUCCUGGUCAGUCAGGCCGCUGCGAUGGAUACAUCCUUGAGGGAGCUGAGCUUGCCUUCUACCAGAAGAAGAUGCAGAAGAAGAAGGGCAAGGGCAAAGAGUAAAUUAUCAAAGUUGUGCUUGCACGGUCAUUCAUACAGUAAAAGAUCCGUUUUUGG